AACGUAUUUAGCCGUUACAAUUUGAAAUAAGCCACACACAUAGGAAACAUGUUCAGGGAACACAGCAAAAUAUGUCUCAGUUUUGUUUGCCUUCGAAAAUUGAAAUCGAUAUUUCCGACCAAAGGGCACAACAAAUUCUGUUCAAAUCUUUAAAGCAUCGCGUUGCCAAGAUGCAAGCGGACGAGCUGUCCACCGCUGUGGUCAUCGACAAUGGCUCUGGUAUAUGCAAGGCGGGCUUCUCCAGCGAGUCCUCACCCCGUGUUGUCUUUCCCUCAAUUGUGGGCAGGCCCCGCCAUCUGAACGUCAUUCUGGACUCGGCCAUCGAGGACUGCAUCAUUGGCGAUGAAGCGGUGAGAAAGCGAGGCAUUCUCACACUCAAAUAUCCCAUUGAGCAUGGCGUCGUUACCAACUGGGCUGACAUGGAGAAGAUAUGGAAGCACACAUUCGAACAGCUGCGUGUUGAAUCCGAUGGUCAUCCGGUGCUGCUCACCGAACCGCCACUGAACCCCAAAAAGAAUCGCGAAAAGAUGACCGAAAUUAUGUUUGAGAAUUUCCGUGUACCCGCACUCUAUGUAGCCAUUCAGGCGGUAUUGUCGCUGUAUGCCACCGGACGCACCAUUGGCAUUGUCGUAGACUCUGGCGAUGGUGUCACCCACACUGUGCCCAUCUAUGAGGGCUACGCCCUGCCGCACGCCUGCAUGCGCCUAGAUCUGGCUGGACGAGAUCUGACCGACUAUUUGGGCAAAUUGCUUAUGGAACGCGGUCACACGUUAAGCACCAGUGCAGAGCGCGAGAUUGUCAGAGAGAUCAAGGAGAAGCUCUGCUAUGUGGCCACCAAUUUCGAUGAGGAGCUGCAUGAAUCCACUCUGCGCAAACACGAUUUGGAUGAACUAUACGAAUUGCCCGAUGGCACAACUAUAAAUAUUGGAAACGAGCGUUUCCGUUGCCCGGAGGCGCUCUUUAAGCCCAGCAUGCUGGGCCAGGAGGUGCCGGGACUGCACGAAGCCGUCUUCAACUCGAUACUUAAAUGCGAUAUGGAUCUGCGCAGGGAUAUGUACGCCAAUAUUGUGCUCUCGGGCGGCACAACCAUGUUUCGCAACAUUGAGGUGCGUCUGCAGCAGGAUAUUUCGGUAAUGGCGCCCUCAACAAUGCGCAUCAAAAUUACAGCCAAUCCGGAGCGUUGUUUUGCCGUCUGGUCUGGCGGUUCCGUAUUGGCCUCACUCUCCAGUUUCCAAAAUAUGUGGAUCGAUUGCGCAGAAUACGACGAUGUCGGUCCCAGCAUAAUACAUCGCAAGUGUUUCUAAUUCGGGCAAGUGGCGACUGCCAAAUGGAAUGUGAAAUGGGAGAGCGCAGAUUAAGUUUGUUUAUUUCUAUAUUUUAUAUGUUAAAUCAAAUAAAGAACGCCAAGGUGUAAUCAAGUACAGCAUAAA